CAAAGAUUGUGUUUGAGGUUGGUGCGAUGGGACGGAACGGCGUCAAGGUGAUCAUCCGUGCGCGACCCACGGCCGUCUUUGCCCAAAACCAGAUCCACAUCGAUCAAGAUGAGAACACGAUUGAGAUCUCUCUCGCGGACACCAAGGUCGAGAUGGUGCCGUCGAAUAAGAAGGACUCGUGGAAAUUCAAGUUUCACCAAGUGCUGCAGAAUGCCGGCCAGGACAAAGUGUACGAAGCGAUCGCUCGUGACAUCGUUCAUGGUACUAUCGUGGACGGAAUCAACGGCACGAUCAUGGCGUACGGGCAAACUGGGGCUGGGAAGACGUUCACGAUGAUCGGCGACACGCGCAACUACCAGCACCGCGGCAUCGCCCCGCGCGCGAUUGCCCAAGUGUUCCAAGAAAUAGAGAACCGCAUCGAAAUCGAGUCCACCGUGCAUGUGUCGUACAUGGAGAUCUACAACGAUCGCAUCUUCGACCUCCUUGCCCCCGACGACGACACCGAUAUCCACGAGUAUGUGAUAGUCGAAGACGCCAAGGGCACGUACGUUCGCGGCCUGACCCAAGUGGAAACCGCGACCGAAAAGGAUGCGCUGGACCAGCUCUUCAACGGCGAAUUGCGGCGCACGGUGGCCGAGCACCAGUUGAACAAACGGUCCAACCGUUCGCAUUGCAUUUUCACGUUCCACAUUUCCCAGAAAUCCCGCACCGGUGGCAACGAGCACGUCGUGCACAGCAAACUGCACUUGGUGGACCUCGCGGGCAGCGAACGGCUCAAGAAAACGAUGCAGGACGACGAAUGCGGCACAUCGCACAAGACCACGAUCAAGAAGGAGUCCAUGUACAUCAACCAGAGCCUCACCUUCCUCGAGCAAUGCAUUGUCGCGCUGGGGGCGCGCGAGCAGCGUCACAUUCCAUAUCGCCAGACUAAACUCACCAACGUGCUCAAAGAUUCACUCGGCGGGAAUUGCAACACGCUCAUGUUUGCCUGUGUGUGGGGUGAGAGCAAGCAUUUGGAGGAAACUAUUUCGACGCUCAAGCUGGCGCAGCGCAUGAUGCGCGUGCAGAACGAAGCCACGUCGAUCGUCGAGACGGACCCGACGAUUCUAAUCAAGAAGUACGAAAAGCAAAUCAAAGAACUCAAGCAGGAGCUGACCAUGCACGACUCGCUGGUCGAACGCACGGGCGUCGUGUACGACGAACACACGCCCGAACAAAAGUUUGAGCUCAUGCGGCUGGUCCGCGCCUACGUUGACAGCGCCGUGGACGAUGACGCGGUGCUCCAGCUCACGAGUUUGCGGCACAUAAAGGAGCUGUUUCGGCAGUUCAAAGUGCUGCUCAAGAACGCCGAGAGCGCAUCGCCGCAGCAGUUUGUCACACGGUCCAACACGUCCAACGUGUCGCGCGAGAACGGCACGCUGGACGGGUCGACGCUAGACGACGACGACAAGCUUGUGGGGGACCCAGAGGACCACGCGGGGUUUGUGCUCGGUGUGGCCCCCAACGGUGCGAUGCCAUCGGUCAUGGACGUGGGACCGAAGAAGGAUGGGGGGCUCCGCGCUUCGACGGACGACUGCAGCGUGCGGGACGCGUCCCCUGUGGACGCGGCGGAUGACAAGAACAACAACGAUUCCAAGGGCGAGCAUGUCGAAGUGGACAAGGACGAUGCGUACAAGUUUUUCAUCACUUCGGGGCCAGGCAAAAAGCUGCAUGGGUCGCUGCAGGACGAAAAACAGACCCUGAAAAUAUCAAAGGACAGGGCGCGGGACAUCACGAGCCAAUUGAACGUGACCAAGGUGCUCAUCGACGGGUUGAAGCAGCAAAUCCAGGAGAAGCGCGUGGUGCGCAAGCGAGCGAGCGUGGGCAAACAGACCAAAGACACGGAUGAUGACGAAGUUGUGGACGAGGAAGAGUUUAUCCUCAUGCGCAAGGAGCGCGAGGCGAAGCGGGACUAUCGGGUGCUGUACGAUGACUUGAAGGAGGCCAAGAACGAGUACGACUUUACGCAACGCAGCAUCGAGCUACUCCGGAUGCGCCUCGUGCAAGAAUUUGAAGAAUGGUACGUCGAAGGCGGCGGCAGCCAGGCCAAGGGCGGCGAGGAUGGCGAUCUUGACAAGCUGGACGAGGGCGAGAAGUUUGACCAAAUGGAGGUGGAGCGCGUGCGAGCCCAAGACCCUGACUCGCUCGCGUUUUUUCAAGCGCAAAAGAAAAUGCGCCAAGGGGGAACGUCCAACCAGCGCAAGGCGGCCAAGCGUUAAUUGGAGUAUUCGUUAAGAAUAAUGUUAUGGACUGUUCUACA